CGGCGACUCGCGCUUCUUCGGGCGGCGGCGCUUGGCCAUGUCGUGUCGGGGAAGGUAAUGAGCCGCAGAGCCCCGGGGUCUCGGCUGAGCAGCGGCGGCGGCGGCACCAAGUACCCGCGGAGCUGGAAUGACUGGCAACCCAGAACUGAUAGUGCAUCAGCCGACCCAGAUACUUUAAAAUACUCCUCUUCCAGAGAUAGGGGUGUUUCUUCCUCUUAUGGACUGCAACCUUCAAAUUCAGCUGUGGUGUCUCGGCAAAGGCACGAUGAUACCAGAGGCCAUGUCGACAUACAGAAUGACGAAAAGGGUGGCUACAGUGUCAAUGGAGGAUCUGGGGAAAAUACUUAUGGUCGGAAGUCGUUGGGGCAAGAGCUGAGGGUUAACAAUGUGACCAGCCCUGAGUUUACCAGUGUUCAGCAUGGCAGUCGUGCAUUAGCCACCAAAGACAUGAGGAAAUCACAGGAGCGAUCGAUGUCGUACUCGGAUGAGUCUCGACUGUCGAAUCUUCUUCGGAGGAUCACCCGGGAAGAUGACAGAGACCGAAGACUGGCUACUGUAAAGCAGCUGAAGGAGUUUAUUCAGCAGCCAGAAAAUAAACUGGUACUAGUUAAACAGUUGGAUAAUAUCUUGGCUGCUGUCCAUGAUGUGCUUAAUGAAAGUAGCAAGUUGCUUCAGGAGUUGAGGCAGGAGGGAGCUUGCUGUCUUGGACUUCUCUGUGCUUCUCUGAGCUAUGAGGCUGAGAAGAUCUUCAAGUGGAUUUUUAGCAAAUUUAGCUCUUCUGCUAAAGAUGAAGUGAAGCUGCUCUACCUGUGCGCCACUUACAGAGCGCUGGAGACUGUUGGAGAGAAGAAAGCCUUUUCCUCCGUGAUGCAGCUCGUGAUGACCAGCCUACAAUCCAUUCUUGAAAAUGUGGACACACCAGAAUUACUUUGCAAAUGUGUUAAAUGCAUUCUUUUGGUGGCUCGAUGCUACCCUCAUAUUUUCAGCACCAAUUUUAGGGAUACAGUUGAUAUAUUAGUUGGAUGGCACAUAGAUCAUACUCAGAAACCCUCUCUCACACAGCAGGUGUCUGGGUGGUUGCAGAGUUUGGAGCCAUUUUGGGUAGCUGACCUUGCAUUUUCUACUACUCUUCUUGGUCAAUUCCUUGAAGAUAUGGAGGCAUAUGCUGAGGACCUCAGCCAUGUGGCCUCUGGGGAGUCAGUGGAUGAAGAUGUUCCUCCUCCAUCAGUGUCAUUGCCAAAGCUGGCAGCACUUCUCCGAGUGUUCAGUACUGUGGUGAGGAGCAUUGGGGAGCGCUUCAGCCCAAUUCGGGGUCCACCGAUUACUGAGGCAUAUGUCACAGAUGUUCUAUACAGAGUAAUGAGAUGCGUGACGGCUGCAAACCAAGUGUUUUUUUCUGAGGCUGUGUUGACAGCUGCUAAUGAGUGUGUUGGUGUUUUGCUCGGCAGCUUGGAUCCUAGCAUGACUAUACAUUGUGACAUGGUCAUUACAUAUGGAUUAGAUCAACUGGAGAAUUGCCAGACUUGUGGUACCGAUUAUAUCAUCUCAGUCUUGAAUUUGCUCACAUUGAUUGUUGAGCAGAUAAAUACAAAACUACCAUCAUCGUUUGUAGAAAAGCUUUUUAUACCAUCAUCUAAACUGCUAUUUUUACGAUACCAUAAAGAAAAGGAGGUUGUUGCUGUGGCCCAUGCUGUUUAUCAAGCAGUGCUCAGCUUGAAGAAUAUUCCUGUUCUGGAGACUGCCUAUAAAUUAAUUUUGGGAGAAAUGACUUGUGCACUAAACAAUCUGCUACACAGUCUCCAGCUCCCUGACGCCUGUUCUGAGAUUAAACACGAGGCUUUUCAGAAUCAUGUGUUCAAUGUUGACAAUGCCAACUUUGUAGUUAUAUUUGAUCUCAGUGCCCUGACAACAAUUGGAAAUGCCAAAAACUCAUUAAUUGGGAUGUGGGCACUGUCUCCAACUGUGUUUGCACUGCUGAGUAAGAAUCUGAUGAUUGUGCAUAGUGACCUAGCUGUUCACUUCCCUGCAAUUCAGUAUGCAGUGUUGUACACCCUGUAUUCCCAUUGUACCAGGCAUGAUCACUUCAUAUCCAGUAGUCUUAGCUCUUCAUCUCCUUCCUUGUUUGAUGGUGCUGUGAUUAGUACUGUAACUACAGCCACAAAGAAACAUUUCUCAAUUAUAUUAAAUCUUUUGGGAAUAUUGCUAAAGAAAGAAAAUCUUAACCAGGACACCAGGAAAUUAUUAAUGACAUGGGCUUUGGAAGUGGCUGUGUUAAUGAAGAAGUCUGAAACAUAUGCACCUUUAUUUUCCCUUCCAUCUUUUCAUAAAUUUUCCAAAGGCCUUUUAGCCAACACUCUUGUUGAAGAUGUGAAUAUCUGUUUGCAAGCAUGCAGCAGUCUCCAUGCUCUGUCUUCUUCCUUGCCAGAUGAUCUGCUGCAGAGGUGUGUUGAUGUCUGCCGUGUUCAGCUUGUCCAUAGUGGAACUCGUAUUCGACAGGCCUUUGGAAAGCUACUGAAGUCAAUUCCUUUAGAUGUUGUACUAAGCAAUAACAACCACACAGAGAUUCAGGAAAUUUCUCUAGCAUUGAGAAGCCACAUGAGUAAAGCACCAAGUAACACGUUCCACCCUCAGGACUUUUCUGAUGUCAUCAGUUUCAUUUUGUAUGGGAACUCUCACCGAACAGGGAAGGACAAUUGGUUAGAAAGAUUGUUCUAUAGCUGCCAGAGGCUGGAUAAGCGUGACCAAUCUACAAUUCCCCGCAAUCUUCUAAAGACAGAUGCUGUCCUUUGGCAGUGGGCUAUUUGGGAAGCUGCGCAGUUCACUGUUCUUUCAAAGUUGCGAACCCCACUGGGCAGAGCUCAGGACACGUUCCAGACAAUUGAAGGUAUCAUUAGAAGUCUUGCAGCCCACACACUAAACCCUGACCAGGAUGUUAGUCAGUGGACCACUGCAGAUAAUGACGAAGGCCAUGGAAGCAAUCAGCUUAGACUUGUUCUUCUGCUUCAGUAUCUGGAGAACCUGGAGAAAUUAAUGUAUAAUGCCUAUGAGGGAUGUGCAAAUGCGUUAACAUCACCCCCCAAGGUCAUUAGGACUUUUUUCUAUACCAAUCGACAGACUUGUCAAGACUGGCUUACUCGGAUCCGCCUCUCCAUCAUGAGGGUAGGGUUGUUGGCAGGUCAGCCUGCUGUGACAGUGAGACAUGGCUUUGACUUACUGACUGAAAUGAAAGCAAAUAGUCUAACUCAGGUAAGGUCAUUGGGAAUACAUUUUAGCUGUAGAAAUUUGGGUUUGAUCUCUGAUGAAAUUCAGUCUACAGAUAAGUUAACUUCAGUGCAGUUCGUCAAGUUUGAAAAGGCCUCUGUGGAGUAUCAGGAGCACCUUUGUGCCAUGACAGGUGUUGAUUGCUGCAUCUCCAGCUUUGACAAAUCUGUUCUCACAUUGGCUAAUGCUGGACGUAACAGUGCCAGCCCCAAACACUCUCUAAAUGGCGAAUCCAGGAAAACUGUGCUGUCCAAGCCAACUGAUUCUUCCCCUGAAGUUAUCAAUUACCUAGGGAAUAAGGCCUGCGAGUGCUACAUCUCUAUUGCGGAUUGGGCUGCUGUGCAGGAGUGGCAGAAUGCUGUCCAUGAUCUGAAGAAGAACACCAGCAGCACUUCACUCAAUCUGAAAGCUGAUUUCAAUUAUAUCAAGUCACUAAGCAGCUUUGAGUCUGGAGAGUUUGUUGAAUGCACUGAGCAAUUGGAAUUGUUACCAGGAGAAAAUAUUAAUCUACUUGCUGGAGGAUCAAAAGAAAAAAUAGAUAUGAAAAAGCUGCUUCCUAACAUGCUCAGCCCAGACCCACGGGAGCUUCAGAAAUCCAUUGAAGUCCAGCUGUUGAGAAGCUCGGUCUUUUUGGCAACUGCUUUAAACCAUAUGGAACAAGAUCAGAAAUGGCAGUCCUUAACUGAAAACGUGGUAAAGUACUUGAAGCAAACCUCACGCAUAGCUAUUGGACCACUAAGACUGUCUACGCUAACAGUGUCACAAUCCUUGCCAGUACUGAGUACCCUGCAGUUGUACUGUUCAUCUGCUCUCGAGAACACGGUUUCUAAUAGACUGUCAACAGAGGUGUGUAGGUGUAUGUGUGUGUGUUCUUUAAAAUUUCUUAGUUUAGUAUAUGUGUACGGUAGGUUGUUUUGCCUGUAUGUGUCUGCACCACUUGUAUGUCUGGUGCCCCUAGAAGCCAGAAGAAGUCUACUAUUAAGAGUAAAUAAAUCAGUGGUUUUGUAUGUGUAUGUCUUUUUUUCUAUAGGCCAAUCAACACACGCAAUGGAAAUGUUGAGUUCUUGUGCCAUAUCCUUUUGCAAGUCUGCGAAAGCUGAGUAUGCUGUGGCCAAGUCAAUUCUGACUCUGGCUAAAUGGAUCCAAGCAGAAUGGAAAGAGAUUUCAGGACAGCUGAGACAGGUGUACAGAGCUCAGCAGCAGCAGAACUUUCCAGGCCUUUCUACUUUGUCUAGAAAUAUACUUGCUCUAAUAGAGCUGCCGUCUGCUAAUACAGUGGGAGAAGAACACCCUCGAAUUGAGAGUGAAUCUACAGUGCAUAUUGGAGUUGGAGAACCUGACUUCAUUUUGGGACAGUUGUAUCAUCUGUCUUCAGUGCAGGCACCAGAAGUAGCCAAAUCUUGGGCAGCAUUGGCUAGUUGGGCUUAUAGGUGGGGCAGAAAGGUGGUUGACAAUGCCAGUCAGGGAGAAGGUGUUCGUCUGUUGCCUAGAGAAAAAUCUGAAGUUCAAAAUCUGCUUCCAGAUACUAUAACUGAAGAAGAAAAAGAGAGAAUAUAUGGUAUUCUUGGACAAGCAGUAUGUCGGCCAGCAGGAAUUCAGGAUGAAGAUAUAACACUUCAGAUUACAGAAAGUGAAGAUAAUGAGGAAGAUGACAUGGUUGAUGUUAUCUGGCGGCAGUUAAUAUCAAGCUGCCCGUGGCUUUCUGAACUCGAUGAAAAUGCAACUGAAGGUGUUAUUAAAGUGUGGAGGAAAGUUGUAGAUAGAAUCUUCAGCCUGUACAAACUAUCUUGCAGUGCAUAUUUUACUUUCCUUAAGCUCAACGCUGGGCAAAUUCUCUUAGAUGAGGAUGACCCGAGACUCCACUUAAGUCGCAGAGCAGAGCAAAGCACUGAUGAUGUGAUUGUGAUGGCUACCCUGCGACUGCUCAGACUGCUGGUGAAGCAUGCUGGUGAGCUCCGGCAGUAUCUGGAACAUGGCUUGGAGACAACCCCUACUGCUCCAUGGAGAGGAAUUAUUCCACAGCUUUUCUCACGCUUAAACCACCCUGAAGUGUAUGUGCGCCAGAGUAUUUGUAACCUCCUUUGCCGUGUGGCCCAAGAUUCCCCACAUCUCAUACUGUAUCCUGCAAUAGUAGGAACCAUAUCACUUAGCAGUGAAUCCCAGGCUUCAGGAAAUAAGUUUUCCUCUGCAAUCCCUACUUUACUUGGAAAUAUUCAAGGAGAAGAACUGCUGGUUUCUGAAUGUGAAGGAGGAAGUCCUCCUGCAUCUCAGGAUAGCAACAAAGAUGAACCUAAAAGUGGUUUAAAUGAAGACCAGGCCAUGAUGCAGGAUUGCUACAGCAAAAUUGUAGAUAAACUGUCCUCUGCCAACCCAACGAUGGUUUUACAGGUUCAGAUGCUUGUGGCAGAGCUACGUAGGGUCACUGUGCUCUGGGAUGAGCUCUGGCUGGGAGUUUUGUUACAGCAGCACAUGUAUGUCCUGAGACGCAUUCAGCAGCUGGAGGAUGAGGUGAAGAGAGUCCAGAACAACAACACCUUGCGCAAAGAAGAGAAAAUUGCCAUCAUGCGAGAGAAGCAUACAGCGUUGAUGAAGCCUAUUGUGUUUGCUUUGGAGCAUGUUCGGAGCAUCACUGCUGCUCCAGCAGAGACACCUCAUGAAAAGUGGUUUCAGGAUAACUAUGGUGAUGCCAUUGACAACGCCCUUGAAAAACUGAAGACCCCAUCAAAUCCUGCCAAGCCUGGAAGCAGCUGGAUUCCAUUUAAAGAGAUAAUGCUGAGUUUGCAGCAGAGAGCGCAGAAACGUGCAAGCUACAUCCUGCGUCUUGAUGAGAUCAGCCCUUGGUUGGCUGCCAUGACUAACACUGAAAUUGCACUUCCUGGCGAAGUCUCAGCCAGAGACACUGUGACAAUUCACAGUGUGGGAGGAACCAUCACCAUCUUACCAACUAAAACCAAGCCCAAGAAACUCCUCUUUCUCGGCUCAGAUGGGAAGAGCUAUCCUUACCUUUUCAAAGGAUUGGAGGAUUUACAUCUGGACGAGAGAAUCAUGCAGUUCUUAUCUAUUGUAAAUACCAUGUUUGCUACAAUUAAUCGGCAGGAAACACCCCGUUUCCAUGCACGACACUAUUCUGUAACACCACUGGGAACAAGAUCAGGACUGAUCCAGUGGGUGGAUGGAGCCACGCCAUUGUUCGGUCUUUACAAACGAUGGCAACAGCGGGAAGCUGCCUUACAAGCACAAAAGGCCCAAGAUUCCUACCAAACUCCUCAGAAUCCCAGCAUUGUACCUCGUCCUAGUGAACUUUACUAUAGUAAAAUUGGCCCUGCUUUGAAAAUAGUUGGCCUUAGCCUGGAUGUAUCAAGGAGGGAUUGGCCCCUGCAUGUGAUGAAGGCAGUGUUGGAGGAGUUAAUGGAGGCCACACCCCCAAACCUCCUGGCUAAAGAGCUCUGGUCAUCUUGUACCACUCCUGAUGAGUGGUGGAGAGUCACACAGUCCUAUGCAAGAUCUACUGCUGUCAUGUCUAUGGUUGGUUACAUAAUUGGCCUUGGAGAUAGACAUCUGGAUAAUGUCCUCAUAGAUAUGACAACUGGAGAAGUAGUUCACAUAGAUUACAAUGUUUGCUUUGAAAAAGGUAAAAGCCUUAGAGUUCCUGAGAAAGUGCCUUUUCGAAUGACACAAAACAUUGAAACAGCACUGGGUGUAACUGGAGUAGAAGGUGUUUUUAGGCUUUCCUGUGAGCAGGUUCUCCACAUCAUGCGGAGAGGCCGAGAGACUCUGCUGACGCUCUUGGAGGCUUUUGUGUAUGAUCCCCUCGUGGACUGGACAGCUGGUGGUGAAGCUGGGUUUGCAGGUGCUGUCUAUGGUGGAGGUGGCCAACAGGCUGAGAGCAAGCAGAGCAAGCGAGAGAUGGAACGUGAGAUUACCCGCAGCCUCUUUUCUUCCAGAGUUGCUGAGAUUAAGGUGAACUGGUUUAAGAAUCGGGAUGAAAUGCUGGUUGUGCUUCCGAAACUAGACAGCAGCUUAGAUGAAUACCUGAGCCUACAGGAGCAGCUGACAGAUGUUGAAAAACUGCAGGGCAAACUACUGGAGGAAAUAGAAUUUCUAGAAGGAGCUGAAGGAGUGGACCAUCCAUCUCGUACUCUGCAACACAGAUAUUCUGAGCAUACUCAACUACAGACCCAGCAAAGAGCUGUUCAGGAAGCAAUCCAGGUGAAGCUGAAUGAGUUUGAACAGUGGAUAACACAUUAUCAGGCCGCAUUCAAUAAUUUAGAAGCAACCCAGCUUGCAAGUUUGCUACAGGAGAUAAGCACACAAAUGGACCUUGGGCCUCCAAGCUAUGUACCAGCAACAGCCUUUCUACAGAAUGCUGGCCAAGCCCACCUCAUCAGCCAGUGCGAGCAGCUGGAAGGGGAAGUUGGCGCUCUUCUGCAGCAGAGGCGUUCUGUGCUCCGUGGCUGUCUGGAACAGCUGCAUCACUAUGCAACUGUCGCUCUGCAGUAUCCAAAAGCCAUAUUUCAGAAACACCGAAUUGAACAGUGGAAGGCCUGGAUGGAAGAGCUCAUCUGCAACACCACAGUAGAGCGUUGCCAAGAACUCUAUAGGAAGUAUGAAAUACAAUAUGCUCCUCAACCACCUCCAACAGUGUGUCAGUUUAUCACUGCCACUGAAAUGACCCUUCAGCGGUAUGCAGCAGACAUAAACAGCAGACUGAUUAGACAAGUGGAACGCUUGAAACAAGAAGCUGUCACUGUGCCAGUUUGUGAAGAUCAGUUAAAAGAAAUUGAGCGUUGCAUUAAAGUUUUCCUUCACGAGAAUGGAGAAGAAGGGUCUCUGAGUCUAGCAAGUGUCAUCAUUUCUGCCCUUUGUACUCUUACAAGGCGCAACCUUAUGAUGGAAGGUGCAGCUUCAAGUGCUGGGGAGCAACUGGUUGAUCUGACAUCCCGGGAUGGAGCCUGGUUCCUGGAGGAACUGUGUAGUAUGAGUGGAAAUGUCACCUGUUUGGUGCAGUUACUGAAGCAGUGCCAUCUGGUACCACAGGACUUGGAUAUUCCCAACCCAGUAGAAGCAUCUGAAGCUGUUCAUUUAGCCAACGGAGUAUACACAUCCCUGCAGGAAUUAAAUUCAAAUUUCCGGCAAAUCAUAUUCCCAGAAGCACUUAGAUGUUUAAUGAAGGGGGAAUGCACCUUAGAAAGUAUGCUACAUGAGCUAGACAGUCUCAUUGAGCAGACAACUGACGGAGUUCCUCUGCAGACUCUAGUUGAGUCGCUUCAAGCCUACUUACGAAACACAGCCAUGGGACUUGAAGAAGAAACUCAUGCUCAUUAUAUCGAUGUUGCCAGAAUGCUGCAUGCUCAGUAUGGUGAAUUAAUUCAACCAAGAAAUGGUUCAGUUGAUGAAACACCAAAAAUGUCAGCUGGCCAGAUGCUUUUGGUAGCAUUUGAUGGCAUGUUUGCUCAAGUUGAAACUGCUUUUGGCUUAUUAGUUGAAAAGUUAAACAAGAUGGAAAUUCCUGUAGCUUGGAGGAAGAUUGAUAUUAUCCGGGAAGCCAGGAGUACCCAAGUCAAUUUUUUUGAUGAUGAUAAUCACCGUCAGGUGCUAGAAGAGAUUUUCUUUUUAAAAAGACUACAGACGAUAAAGGAGUUCUUCAGGCUCUGUGGUACCUUUUCUAAAACGUUGUCAGGAUCAAGUUCACUUGAAGAUCAAAAUACAGUUAACGGACCUGUGCAGAUUGUCAAUGUGAAAACCCUCUUUAGAAACUCUUGCUUCAGUGAAGACCAAAUGGCCAAGCCUAUCAAGGCCUUUACAGCUGACUUUGUAAGGCAGCUCUUGAUAGGACUUCCAAACCAAGCCCUUGGGCUCACACUGUGUAGCUUUAUCAGUGCCCUAGGUGUAGACAUCAUCGCUCAGGUGGAAGCAAAGGACUUUGGUGCUGAAAGCAAAGUUUCUGUAGAUGAUCUGUGUAAGAAAGCUGUAGAGCACAACAUCCAGGUAGGGAAGUUCUCACAGUUGGUUAUGAACAGGGCUACUGUGUUAGCUAGCUCCUAUGAUACAGCCUGGAAGAAGCAUGACCUGGUGCGCAGACUGGAAACCAGCAUUUCUUCCUGUAAAACAAGCUUACAGCGGGUGCAGCUGCACAUCGCCAUGUUCCAGUGGCAACACGAAGACCUCCUUAUCAAUAGACCACAAGCCAUGUCGGUCACUCCACCUCGGUCUGCAAUCCUGACCAGCAUGAAGAAGAAACUGCAUGCUCUCAGUCAGAUUGAGACUUCGAUUGGGACUGUUCAGGAGAAACUAGCAGCCCUUGAAGCAAGUAUUGAGCAGCGGCUGAAGUGGGCAGGUGGUGCCAAUCCUGCACUGGCACCAGUACUACAAGAUUUUGAAGCAACAAUAGCUGAAAGAAGAAAUCUUGUUCUCAAAGAGAGCCAGAGAGCAAACCAGGUCACUUUUCUCUGCAGCAACAUCAUUCAUUUUGAAAGUCUACGAACAAGAACUGCAGAAGCCUUAAGCCUGGAUGCCACCUUAUUUGAACUAAUCAAAAGAUGUCAGCAGAUGUGUUCAUUUGCGUCACAGUUCAACAGUUCAGUCUCUGAGUUAGAGCUUCGUUUGUUACAGAGAGUGGACACGACUCUUGAACAUCCCAUUGGCAGUUCUGAGUGGCUUCUGUCAGCACACAAACAGUUGACCCAGGAUAUGUCCACCCAGAGGGCUGUUCAGACAGAGAAGGAGCAACAGAUAGAGACCGUCUGUGAGACCAUCCAGAGCUUAGUGGACAGUGUAAAGACUGUGCUCACAGGUCAUAACCGGCAGCUUGGGGAUGUCAAGCAUCUCCUAAAAGCCAUGGCUAAGGAUGAAGAGGCUGCUCUGGCAGAUGCUGAAGAUAUCCCCUAUGAGAGCAGUGUCAGACAGUUCCUGGCUGAAUACAAAUCAUGGCAAGACAACAUUCAGACAGUUUUGUUCACGUUAGUCCAGGCCAUGGGUCAAGUUCGAAGUCAAGAACAUGUCGAAAUGCUGCAGGAAAUCACUCCAACCUUGAAAGAACUGAAGACACAAAGCCAGAGUAUCUAUAAUAAUUUAGUGAGUUUUGCAUCACCCUUAGUCACCGACGCAGCAAAUGAAUGUUCAAGUCCAACAUCAUCUGCUACUUACCAGCCAUCCUUUGCUGCAGCUGUCCGGAGUAACACUGGCCAGAAGACUCAGCCUGAUGUCAUGUCUCAGAAUGCUAAAAAACUGAUUCAGAAAAAUCUGGCUACAUCAGCAGAUACUCCACCAAGCACCAUCCCAGGAACUGGCAAGAGCAUUGCUUGUAGUCCCAAAAAGGCUGUCAGAGAUCCUAAAACAGGGAAAGCUGUACAAGAGAGAAACUCCUAUGCAGUGAGUGUGUGGAAGAGAGUGAAAGCCAAGCUAGAGGGUCGAGAUGUUGAUCCAAACAGGAGGAUGUCAGUUGCUGAGCAGGUUGACUAUGUCAUUAAGGAAGCAACUAAUCUAGAUAACUUGGCUCAGCUGUAUGAAGGUUGGACAGCCUGGGUGUGAAUGGCAACACAGUAGAUGAGUCUGGUUAAGCGAGGUCAGACAUCCACCAGAAUCAACUCAGCCUCAGGCAUCCAAAGCCACAUCACAGUCGGUGGUGAUGCAACUGGGGGCUUACUCUGAGGAAACCUAGGAAAUCUCGGUGUACUAGGAAGUGAAUCCUGCAGGACAGCUGCACUCAGGGAUACGCCCAACACCAUGGCCAGGGUCAAAGGUGAAGAAAGCAAGCUCACUGCCUGCACACGGAGAUUGUCUUUCUGCCACAGAACAGCUGCAAACGUGUCAGGAGGUUAGCUGAGAAAGAAAUCGGGAUGCUGCGGAGCACAGAGUGACUUGGAACUCCAUUCCACCUGACCCUGUGUGUACAAUCCAGGAAAACAAACCCCGCUCAGAAACAAGAGAAAACGGGGAGCCGCGAAGAACUCACAGCCACGGAAGAGUUGAUGCAUUCAGAUUCUCGAGAAACAUUUGUUGCUUGGCAACAGUACUGGUUGGGUUGACCAGUAAGUACCAAAAGGCUAUGCUGUUACGAAUUUCAGAAAUGGACUGAAAAAAAAAAAAAAAAAGGAGAGCAACGUAACAGACACUACAUUGGAAGAAACUGACUUCUGAAAUGAAGGGAAAAGCACCCAUGGAUCCCAUUCCUCCCCAUCAGUUUCCCUGUUCCCCAGCUCCUCAUUGACCCGCUCUGGUAGAUUAGCCAGCUGUCAGACUCACUUUUAUUUCAAUCCUUACACUUCAUAAACUUUCGUUACCACAUUUGGAGACCGAAACAGGAGCUUCUCCAAAUCCAAUGAAAACAUGGAAAAUUCAAGGAUUGUUUAAAGGUCCGAUCAUCACAUACAAGAUGUAACUCUGGUUAUUUCAGUCAUAUCUGUGACUCUUAUCAUGUACAGUUUCCAGAAUUGUCACUGUGCAUCCAAAUGUAAUGAGUCUAACAGACACUGAUUUCAUGUGCACUCCCCUCUGCUUACAGUAUGCAUUUUUUGGAGGUCAUUCAAAUUUUCCCUCUUCUGUGAUUGCCGUAGUUUCUUUCAUAGAAAGUAGCUGAUCUGAUGUAAUCUUUUACCUUUUAAACAACCAGGAUAGAGAACCUAUUGGAGUUUGCAUUGUUGAUGACAGGUUCACAAUAAAGUGUUCUGGUGGAGGUAGAGUGAAAUGUUUUUUAAUUCAGUUUUCUCAUUUGAUACUUUUAAUUUACAAAGUGUAAUUUUUUAUUUUACAUUUAAGAUGUAAAUUAAAAGUGCUUUAGUUUACCUGGCAUUUGGGAGCAUGAGAAGUGAUGCCCACCAGUAUCUUUUAGUUCAGCUGGUGGUCUGUGAGGGUUCUGUUUACUUUUCAGCAUCAUUUGUUUAUAGCUUACUGUGUGAGUCAUGAUCAAGACAUCUUUCAGUUUAGCAUGUUCAGUACUCACUGCUGAUCCUUGAUAGAAGUCGAGACCAUAAUAGAGCUAAAAACCACAUAUCAACACAGAACAACACACAGUAUUUUGAGUCUGUUUUCCCAGCAUUUUAGCAACUAGUGCAGUGGUCACUUAAUUUGCCAGCCUCUGUGCACAAGCCUGAAAUGGCCUAUGGAAACACUCCAUGUGGCUCUGGGCUCUUCUCUGCUUGCUACGAGUUUAAUCCUCACGAGAUGGAUGCCAGUGUCAGCACUUUCUUAAUUAUGAGUAUUGGAAGAUGCUGUUUUGAAUUUCCAUGUGUCCAAUGACAAGGAACUUAGCACAUUGCAUUUGAUUUUGUUGAUUUUGAGCCUUAUUUUCACAAAACAGCCUAGCUGGAAUAUUGAUGCCAUACUGUAUUUUGCAUGCUGCUUUCUUCCCUAGAGGCAUUGAGAGCAACGGUACUUUAGUAACUUCUGUUCUCUCAAGACUUGUCAUUUUCAGUGAUGCUUCAUGCCGGGAAGAGCUUUUAUCAUAAUGAUAAAACCAGUUCAUACUCACAUACCCUGUAGUUUGUGGUAGUGGUCAGAAAUGUCUUCCGCUUUGGUAGUAGGUGAAUUUUAUUUCUCAUGAUUUUGGGCAUCAGAAGUACCUGGCAACUUAAUCCAAGCAAAAAUAUGACAGCUUAAAAAAACAACCAAAAAAAAUGUGCCUCUGAUGGAUUAUCCAACCUAUCUAUUUUAAACUGAUCCUGAGAGAAGAGUAGUUCUUGGUUAUAGGACAGAUAAGAGCAACCAAGGACUUCAAAGCUUGCUGCUCACUGUGCUCUGGACAGAACCCUCAUCUGUAUGGUUUGGCUUCCUGUGCAGAUAGCCUUGCCAGGUUGAACUUUUGUAAGAAGUCUCAAGUGGAAAAAAUAGGGCCAUUGGGGGAAUGUCUUAAAUCAUGUAGAGUGCUGUAGUUUUGAAGUCACAUGUCUUUUGAUGAUAAAAUACCUGUGGAAAACCAGGGAUAUUUUCUCUUUUUCCCCAACCUUUUUCUCCUUACUCCUUACACUUCUACUCCCUAUUGCCUAUCUUCCUUCUCCCCAUCCUUUAAGAUUCAGGGGGUACAGAACAACCAUACAAACAACCUCUUCUAAUUCAGAGUACCCUUGAAAUGUAUUUUGUCUUUAAUUAGCUAGUCUGGUUUUAGUUGAUUUCGCUACCAAACUGUGGAGGCCUAACUUAGUACUUACGAAACUGUUUCUUCCUUUACCAAAGUGUCUUUUAGUUUCUGUUUCUGGUCAUGGAGCUGAUCACACAGAUGGCUAGAUACUUUUUGAUGGUGGUGGUGAGGUUUUUUUUUUGUUUUGUUUUUAUAAAUAGGUAUGAGAUUUCUGUGUGAAAGUGAUAAGUCUUGAUCUACUUUCUUAGAUCACUGAUUCAGCGUUCAAAUUCCAAGUUCAGGGUGAGAGUUUGUAAUACAAAGAAAAAAUUCCCUUCACUUUGCCCUUAACAUUUGCCUCUGUUACCUGAGCUUAGUUAAUAGUUUUCUUAAUAUUGUUCAAUGUUUGGUGUUAUCUGCAUUGUUUUUUGUUUAAUUGUGGUUGUUCCGAUGUGUGAAAUUUAAGGAAAGAGCCAUUUAAUAAAAUGCCAAGCAGGGCAAUGCAAGUACAGCCAAAUAUUAAAGUUGAUGUUCAGUCUUAGGUCCUUUUUAAUCUGGGGUAUUAUAGGCAGUACUUUAAAUCAGAGUCUUCCUGGCCUAUUUCCCUCCACCUUUUUGUAGAUACUCGGGGGCUUACUUGUGCAGUACUAAAAUCAAAGGAGCUGGUUCUUCUUUUCUCCCAAUUCUUUUCUUAGUAAUGAAUACACCUACAACUAGCCUGUGACUCCUAUUCAUACAGCAGAUGUCAGUGCUGUGCUGCUGUUAGCUGGAUUACCUGCAGUGCAGGGAUGGAACCUUGCACAUGCUAGGCAAGCGCUCUUCCUGAGCUACAUACAUCCUAGCCCUUACAACUAGCAUACUGAAGCAUUUUUUCACGUGUUCAGAUGAGUAUUAAAACAUUGUUUUAUAUCUCGUUAAAUUUAUAAAAUGCCAGUAAUUUAAAACCCUCCCCCACAAAUCAAGGAGGCAAAAAGCACUAGUCACUGAAGUCCUCAUCUUCAAUAAGCUGGGUAGGAUAGGAAGAUCUUCUAAGAGGUAUUAGUGAGAAUCACAGCGCCCUGCUAAGAUUCAAGAGAAGGCAGUUCACUGUACUUUGCCUGCUUUUGGGCCUGGAUAACAUUAUUUAAAAAGAACAGAUUGAGCUUGGGUUAAAAAGGGCAACCAUGUAGAGAACCCUUGAGAAAUGGGGGCACUGAGAAAUUCUAGUGCUAAUGUUAAAAAUUCAAAAUCAGCUAGGUGUUUGAAGGUAAAGAACUGGAUGUUCUGAAACAGAUCCCUCCCCAAACAGGCUGAUUAACAGUGGUUGUUUUCCCUUUUCCUGAUGUUUGAUUCAGCUCCUGUUUCAGAUUACUGUGUUGCUUAUUUUUCUAGUUUUACAAGUCCCUUGGUGGCAGCCACAUCACAUUUCAUGUUUGGUUUUUGUUGUUGUUGUUGUUGUUUUUUAUAAAUACCCUUAGAGCAAGUUGAGUUGAGCUGAAUCUUCCAUGUCCUGGUAACAUUGUACAAAAUAGUCUUUUCUUUCUUUUCUUUUUUCUUUCUUUCUCUUUCUUUCUUUCUUUCUUUCUUUCUUUCUUUCUUUCUUUCUUUCUUUCUUUCUUUCUUUCGUUGUAAUGCCUCCUGAUGGAUAUAAUUUCGUGCUUGUAUUUAAGAUUUAAAAGUUGAAUAAAUCACACCAGCUUCCUGAAAAUGUCCAUGAUGCAUCUUUUGGAAAAUAAAAAACACAUGCCUACUUUGCAUUAACAUGGUAAAGAUUGUAUGAAAUACCUGUUUUUCAAAAAAAUAAAGGUUCAAGUCUUAAAAGAUA